UUAGGGGGAUAGGAGACAGCAGGUGUAUUUGAUUCAUAGAAUAUUUCUUCGAUUCAAUUGGAGAAUUUAUUUAGAUUGAAUUAUAAAUUAGGAACUUCAGUGUCCCGUCUUCAGAGUUCUGAUUUGAAGUGUUGCAGGAUUGGUAACCUGGGGCCAGGUAAGAUGAACCUGUCAACUGUCAUCCUGAAAACAGCCUUGCUGCUCCUGCUGUUGGUGCAUGGCACAGAUGCUAAGAUGAACAUCAUUAGCAGUAAACAAGAUGUGCAACUGGGAGAAGAGAUCUUAUUGUUGUGUAAAGCUGGAGGGGAGGGAACAAUAACGUGGCAGAGGAAUGGGGAUGAUGUAGACGAUGAAGAUGUUGUGUCAAAGGUUGAUGAGACUUCCUCUAAGCUGCACAUUAAGAAGGCUACGAUGCAAGAUACGGGCACCUAUAGGUGCCAUUGUGAGUUUGAAAACGGUCACGAAGACGAGACUGAUAUGAAAAUUUAUAUUUAUGAGGGUCCGUCGUUUGGAAGCAGCGCCGUCUACCAUGAGUUUCUGGUGGGCACGGAUGGGACUGUACCAUGUGUGGUGACAGGACAGCCAGAAGUAGUGGUUCGCUGGUUUAAAGACCUUCAAGAAAUCCCUUCUAAAGAUUUCACUUUAGGUCGUGUUCGCCAGUUAUCCGAUAACGCGCUCCACAUUGAAAAAGUGAAGAAAGAGGAUGCUGGGACGUACAGGUGUAGUGCACAGAUCAAAGGAAGGCCCAUCUCUAAGAACCUCAGUGUGUCUGUUGUUGUCAAUUCUCCUCCCACUGUGAGGCUGAAAGAAGAAGUAAAAACUGUGAUGGCCGGACCUGAAACGAACGCCUCAUUGUUCUGUUUGGUGGAUGGCCUGCCUAAACCCAACAUCACCUGGACCUUGCCGGUUCAGUUUGACCCAUCCCACCAUCACUACAACUCAGACAAGAGCCAGUUGACCAUACGGUCUGUUGUCAAGGAAGACCUUGGGGAGUACAUCUGCACAGCCACCAACAAGAUAGCUGAGGACACUGCUACCAUCACGCUUCAAGUCUUCGAGUUUCCAGGGGUGUUUGUGUCUGAAGACAAGCUGCAUGUGUCGGUGGGUCGUAGUGUUUCUGUGUUUUGUAACGUGUCCGGGCAUCCUGAACCUAAACUGCACUGGAUCAACAAGCUCAAUGGACGCACACUGGAUCAAACUUCUGGUCGUGUCCGUGUGGAAAAUGGCUAUUUGAAGAUUGAUGAAAUAGUGCCCACUGAUGGUGGAUUGUAUUCCUGCGUGGCUGUGGGCGCUUCUGGAAAUGCAUCAAGAGACGUUGAGAUAUUCACCCAGCCCGGCCAGCCUCUCUAUCUGACAGCGUCUCCUGGCCCAGCUUCUGUUUUCUUCUCACUCAAAGUCCCACCCAUCAGUGGAGGAGCACCAAUCACAAGUUAUGUCCUGCAGUGGAGACAAAAUCCAUCAGAAGAUUGGGAAGAAAUCACAGUCCCGACUUCAGAUACCCUUACCAUCACCAACCUCAAGCCAUACACAUCGUACUUUGUCCGCCUAGCUGCCAUCAAUGCAGUGGGACGGGGAGAGUUCUCAGAUUCAAAUAGCAUUCACACCCGAGGAAUCCAAGGGGAACCUGAAAGCCCAUUUUUGUCAUCCGGGGAGGUGAAAGUAGAAGGCAACUCCUUAUCUAUCCCCCUCAAACAGGCUGAAGUCGGUGGAGCCCCGCUGCAGCACUACAAUAUUCGAUACAGACAGGAAAAAGAAGGGACUGAGUGGAAAGAAAUGCAGCUGUCAUCCGAUGCUGACUCUGUCUUCCUCCAAGACUUGGCUUUUGGUUCAGACUAUCAACUGCAAGUCACAGCGGUCAAUGCUAAUGGUUCCUCCUUGCCUUCUGUAUUCAACUUCACCGUUGCAGAGCAGCCUGCGAGCCGCAUGACCAAGGGCAGCGUGAUUGGCAUCGUCAUGUUCAUCUUCCUAGUGGUUUUUCUGGUGGUAGACGGCACCUGCUGCUACAGAAAUCGCUGUGGUCUGCUCAUGACCAUUGCUAGGAAACUCUUUGGACAGAAGAUUCCAGGUCUCAAAAUGGUUGAAGAAGGAGAGGGAACCACCAAGGGGGAAGUAAACCUGAAGGGUAUCGGCACAAUGAGAUUCCCCAAGCAGACUGGGGUACAUACACUCACCAAAGAGGGUCAGGUCGCAGAGGUCACCUGCGACAAGGCCCCACUCACCAAACACGAGAAAAUACAACCAGACAGAGAACUGCCCAUUGCCAGUGCAUGAGGCCAAAAACUGAAGAAACCUAUUUUAUAAAAAACAACAAGUGAUGAACUGCUGCCGUGGGAAAGGUCUAACCUACUGACACACUGUAGGAAACUGGCAGAAUCCUCAAAGUAUGCUGAAACUGGACUGUUCCCGACCUCUGUGCUGUUGGAGAGGAGAGGACACCCGAGUGGACAGUCCUUACACGACCUGACACGAAGACUGACAAAGACAACAGGCAGGAGCUUUUACUGUAAUUUUAGAGUUUUGUCUGCUACGGUUUAAUCUAAUCAAAUGUGCUCUUACAGGGUAAUCUUGUUGUCUGUGUUUUACAGGGUAUAACUGUUUUUAUAAUAUUAACUUUCUGUAAUACACAACAAAUGUUUACCAAGACAGAGUUACACAGACCCGGGGUCUUGAUACAAAGCUCUUUUUUAUUGUUAGUAAGGUUUUAUUACUAUUGCAUUGUGGCAGCUCCACUAACAGUUUGGUCAGUGACUAAACACUGUAUAUUAUGUUUUUAUAAUCCUGUCACUGCGGCUUUAUUAAUCAUUUGAGGGGCGAUAUAUCUUCAUCUAAACCUAACUAACCUUGAUGUAAAGUAACAUGUGCAGAUAUUUAUUUUUUUUAAAUUAAUCAUGAUAGAUUUGACUUUGUAACCCGCUUUGCUGUUAGGCGCUUUUUUUUUGUGAAAAUUCUUAAGUGGUCUGCAACGUUUAUUACAAAACCUUCUUCAAAGUACCUUUAAUAAUAGGAAAAUACAUUUACACCAAAGAAAAUGGAUUAAUGUAAGUUAUUUUGUAUUUAUAGCCAUAAUUAUUAUUUACAGCAAACAAGUAUAUUAACAUGAAAAUGUUUCAAGUAUUUAACUUUUCCUGAUGCUAAGCAGAGACUUUGACAUACAAUGUAUGCAUUAUUGAAGUGGUUUGACAUUGUCGUAAUACUGUAACACUGUACAUGGUUGUAUAUACACAACAUUUGCCUUUAUUUGUGAUAAACUUUGAACUGUUAAACAAC